AUGCGUGCCUCCACCACUCUCCUCCCCGUCCUGCUGUUGCACGGCGCGGGCGUCCUGGCUAGUCCGGCCGGCACGCCCAGCUCUGCUGCGGUGGCUGGUUCAGCGCCCGCUGUCCGGGCGUCUUCCGCCGAGCAGCAGGCGCCGGCUGCCUCGCCCGCUGCUGCGGCCGACACCAGCAACAAUAACAAUAACAUCAAUAACGACAAUAACGACAACAAUCCACUCAGUUCCAUUAUCAGCGCUGGCCAGUCGCCUGCCUCCUCCGCAGCAGGAGCACCAGAAACCUCCGCCAGUCCUGCUGCUGCUGCGUCGCCCGCUGCUAGUCCGGUUCCCGCUGCCGCUGCCGCUGCCAGCCAAGCUUCCGCCAACAGUUCGCCCGCCGCCAGCCCGGCCACUUCUGCGUCUUCCGCCGCCAGCGCGAGCGCGGACUCCAACUCCAAGGGCGGGCUCCUCUCCGACAUCCUUCCUGAUAUCACCUCCAGUGCGGCCUCUGCUGCUUCGUCUCCCGCGGAAACCGGCUCACCCACUUCGACUGCUUCGUCCUCGGGUUCGUCGAGUACCGGCGGCAUCGACCUGGCCAGCCUUCUGAGCGGCAGCAAUGGCAACAAUCUUGGAAACGCGAUCGGCAAUGCCAUCGCUAACAGCCUUGGUAGUGCCCUCAAGGGCUACCUAGGUAGCAUUGAAGCCGUGCUCACCCCUAAUUUCUUGGAGGACUUUGUCCACUUCUUCACCCGCGUUGUGCAGGUGCUGACUGAUGCGCACAUCCCUGUCCUCAACGGUAUUAUCGACGUUGCUGGUGGGCUGCUCACCAAGGAUUUUGCCAACAAGGUCAACACCCUUAUUGACAACGCCAACCAGCUCCUUAGUGACCAGAACACCGCGGAGAUCGUCAAGCUCCUGCAAGACGUGCCCAAUAUCCUUGAUCUGGUCAAGAACGCCAACCAGCUCCUCAGCGAUCAGAACACUGCACAGAUCGUCAAGCUCCUGCAAGACGUUCCGCAGAUCGUCACGCUCAUCAACAACGCCAACACGCUGCUUGACAAGCAGAACACCGAUGAGCUCAGAACCUUGCUUCAAAGCACUCCUAAGAUCAUUGACCUUGUCAACAACGCCAAUGGCCUUCUGUCCGACUCGAAUACCAAGGAACUCGAGACUCUGCUGCAGGACGUGCCCAAGAUCGUUACCCUUAUUAACAAUGCCAACGGUCUGCUCACCGCACAGAACACCCAGGAGAUCGAGAACCUGCUUAACAACGCCAAUGCCCUGCUCACCAAGCAAAACACCAACGAGCUCAGCGCUCUGCUCCAGAGCACGCCUAAGAUUGUCGACCUUGUUAACAAUGCCAACGGCCUCCUCACUGCUCAGAAUACCAAAGAACUCGAGAUUCUAUUACAGGACGUGCCCAAGAUUGUUACGCUCAUCGACAACGCCAACGGCCUGUUAUCCGCCCAGAACACCAAGGAGAUCGAGGAGCUGCUCCAAAACGCCAAUGGUCUACUUACGCCGCAGAAUACUAAGGAUAUCGAGAAUCUUAUCAACAAUGCCAAUGGUCUUCUCACUACGAGAAACACCAAUGCUCUUAGUAACUUGCUGGGAGAUGUGCCCAAGAUCGUCACCCUUAUCAACAAUGCAAAUGGUCUUCUUACCGCGCAGAACACCAAGGAGAUCGAGGAUCUACUUGAUAACGCAAACUUCCUGCUUACCAAGAACAACGCCCAGCAGAUUGUUACCUUGCUUAACAACGCCAACACUCUGCUUACUGCGAAGAAUAUCAAAUCGCUUAGCACUUUGCUCUCGGAUCUGCCCCAAGUCAUCGGUCUUGUCAAUGCUGCCAGCGGUCUGCUCACGCCGCAGAACACAAAGGAGAUCGAGGCUCUUAUUAGCAAUGCCAACGGUCUUCUCACGCCACAAACCACCAAGGAGAUCACUGGACUUCUGGGCAACGCUAACGACCUAUUGACUCCUCAGACCACUAAGGAGAUCACUAGCUUAUUGACCAGUGCCAAUGGCUUGUUGACUCCUGAAGUCACUAAGGAACUAACGCAAUUGCUCAAUGGCACUGGCAAGAUUGUCAGCUUGGUGGACAACGCUAACAACCUGUUGACUCCUCAGACCACGAAGGAGAUUACUAGCCUAUUGGGCAGCGCCAAUGGUCUAUUGACUCCUGGAGUCACCAAGGAGCUGACUCAGUUACUUAACGGCACUGGCAAGAUCGUCAGCUUAGUGGACAAUGCCAAUGAUCUGUUGACUCCUCAGACUACUAAGGAGAUUACCAGCUUGUUGGAUAGCGCCAAUGGCUUGUUGACUCCUGAGGUUACCAAGGAGCUGACUCAGUUACUCAAUGGCACCGGCAAGAUUGUCAGCUUAUUGGACAAUGCCAAUGAUCUGUUGACUCCUCAGACCACUAAGGAAAUUACCAGCUUGUUGGAUAGCGCCAAUGGCUUGUUGACUCCUCAGGUAACCAAGGAUCUGACUAGCUUGCUCAACGGUACAGACAAGAUCGUCAGCCUAGUGAACAACGCCAACGACCUGCUCACGCCUAACUCUGUCAAGGAAAUCGACAGUCUCCUAACCAAUGCCAAUGACCUUCUAACGCCUAACUCUGUUAAGGAGAUCAAUGGUCUUGUCACGAAUGCCAACGAUCUGCUGACGCCCGAGACUACAAAAGAGAUUACCAGCUUAUUGAGCAGUGCCAACGGCUUAUUGACUCCUCAAGUCACUAAGGAGCUGACUCAACUGCUUAAUGGCACAGACAAGAUCGUUAGCUUGGUGAAUAACGCCAACGACUUGCUGACGCCUAAUUCUGUUAAGGAGAUUAAUGGUCUUGUUACGAAUGCCAACGACCUGCUGACCCCCGAGACCACGAAAGAGAUCAAUAGUCUGUUGACGAAUGCCAACGGCCUCCUGACCAACCAGACUACCCAGGAAAUUACCAAGUUGCUGAGCGACGCCACUCCACUCGUCGAAAGCCUCUCGAGCACGGUCACUCCCGACAUCCUCAAGGGACUUGGUCCUCUCCUGAAGAACGCCAACACGCUACUGACGCCCAAGUUCGUCAAUGAGACCACCAUGAUCAUUGACGACGUGUCUGACUUGCUUCCGGUCGUCGAGGAGUUGCUAGGACGUCUGUAA